AUGUCAUCAGACACCGCAGCACCUAACUUGCCGAGAGUUGCAGCUCUCGAGAACGACGAUUCCAUGUUGACCCGUCGUUUCGGUAAAGAAGUCGUCAACUAUUAUGCCGGCAGCCGUAUCAACAGGUUCUCUUUCCUUCGUGCCGACACUGGCUUUCUUCGCAAGGCUGCUGCCAGUCCCACAGCUCGAUAUCUGGCUCUCAGCGAACUGAACCCUCUGGUUGUCGACAAGAGAACGCCAGCAUACUUCACUUUCAGCGAUGUUCAGCCUUUGAUUGGAUCAGACCCCUUUGCGCAAACCGAGGACGAAGCUAUCCAGGACUUUGACUCAACCAAGACGACCCCUCUCAUUGUCUUCCUCGGCAUGCUAGAAGAGGGAAACGAGAACGACCACAUUUCUUCUACUGAUCACGGAGAUAUCCUGGGCCAUCCCUAUUUCGCCGUCGACAUCACCCCCAAGGGCAACCAUGUCGAGAAAGCCGAGAGCUUCUUGGCCGAGCAGGAGAAGAAGGAAAUGUCUCUAGACAAGAACCCUCGUGCCAUGGGCCAUUCUCCUGAAGCUGCCGCCUUGUACGCUCAGGCUAGAUCAAUGAUUGAUUGGAACUCACGAAGCCCUUUCUGUGCUGGUUGCGGCCAGCCUAAUCUUUCUGUCCACGCGGGCUACAAGCGUGUCUGCCCUCCCGCCGACAAGAAGGGCGGAGAGAGCAGCGAGGCUCGAGGAGAUUGUGCCACUCGCCAUGGCGUCUCUAACAUCUGCUUCCCUAGAACGGACCCCACUAUGAUUGCCGCCGUUGUUUCCGCAGAUGGUACAAAGAUUCUCCUCGGCCGCCAGAAGCGCUGGCCUCCUUACUGGUACAGCACGCUUGCCGGUUUUCUUGAGCCUGGUGAGUCGAUCGAGGAGUCGGUUAGACGCGAGGUCUGGGAGGAGAGUGGUGUCCGUGUCGGUAGAGUCGUCAUACACUCGAGUCAGCCAUGGCCAUACCCUGCUAGUCUCAUGAUUGGUGCUAUUGCUCAGGCGCUCCCUGGUGAUGGAGAGAAGAUCACCCUGAACGACAAGGAGUUGGAAGCGGCGAAGUGGUUCACGUUGGAGGAGGCUCGCAAGGCUCUCCAAUCCGGAACAAGCUCUCUUGGAGCGUCUGCCCCUGAAGGAUACAAAGAGGGUGAUCUACGACUGCCACCAUCUCAAGCCAUUGCCAACCGAUUGAUCACCGCCGUUGUUGAAGGAUACCUAGUUGUUGCUCCUAAGAUCUAG